AUGAUUGUUUCCAUGUGUACAAGUUCAUCUAAGGUUUCAAAACAAAUUUUGGAAAAGUUUCGCUCAAACAUCAAGAAACAAGGUCAGAAUCGAGAGCGGACGUUGUGCUGGCAAGAGGACACUCAUACAGAAAAAAAGCAGAGAACUAUUGAAAUUAUGUCGUUGACAACCCCAUCAUCUGAUUAUAUGCGCCGACGUCGAAAUAGUGACAUGGUGAGUGAUGUUUCCUCGAUAUCUUCUCAACACUCCAAACACCGACCUGCGAGUCGAGAAUAUCAUUUAACGAAUGGCACAUCGAAGCAUCAGUCUAUUUCGAGUACAAACGAGGAAAUUUAUUCGAAUUCGAAUAAAAAACAACCAGAUUCGCCAAGAAAGUCCAACGGAUUGUGGCAGAAGCAGCCGGUACCUUCAAACAUUGUUCCUCAGACAGCUCAAACUCAUAAUCGUCCGGGAACACGUGACCUUUCACCGAUGAGAGGACGGUCAAAUACUGAUGUACAAUCGUUCCUAUCUCUUUCGAACAACCUCAAGCAACAACAUCUAGCUAUGAACAAUCCGGGCAGUGAUCGAGUUGUUCAUCAUCACCACCAUCAUCAUCCGAAACCGAAAUGCACUUUACCACCGUUGUCAUUAGGUCAACCUGGAUACGUUGCACCCUCGAAAUUAUUCAAUAUGAUGGCAUACGGUUUACAAAAUCAGUAUCUCUUCAUGCUUUCACAUUACUUAUAUAUUAUCGAUUGUCGAACAAAGGAUCAAUUCAAGGAAAACCAUAUUAUUACAGCUAUUCAUUGGGAAGAUGCGUUAAACGGCACGGUUUACAUAUCCGUCGUGGAAAGAUUCAGUGAGAUUGUUCUGUACGAUAAUGAAGGACUAUUCUUCAACACAACGGCAGAAAUGAGUCGUGUUAUGAAUCGUUUUAAUAAAGGUGGCUCAAAGAUUUGCUUAAUACUCAGUGGUGGCUUUGAAGCAUUUCAAAAUGCUUUUCCAUUCGUUUGUACACAGUCGGAUAUACGUACAGCAGUCGAUCGGGAAAAGUUCUUAACCAUUUAUCCAUCGGUUAUUCUUGACAAUCAACUUUAUCUUGGUACGGGUCACCAAGCAACGAACUGGAAAGUCAUUCGUGAUCUCAAGAUCACUCACAUCAUCAAUAUCUCAUUCGAACAUCAGUGCGUCUUUCAGGACAAAAUCAAGUAUUUACACUUGCAAUUGGAAGAUAUGGAAGAUGUCUUGCUCAAGGAUCGUUUCACUGAAACCAUUCAGUUUAUGACAACAGCAUUCGAAAACGCUUCCAGUCGUAUUCUCGUCCAUUGUAAUCUUGGCAUUUCAAGAUCAACGACUGUCACACUUGCUUACCUAAUGAAAACAUACAAUGCAACAGUUAGUGAAGCAUUCAAAUUUGUUCGCAAACGACGACCUAUCGUCUGUCCAAAUCUGGGCUUUCUUCGCCAACUAAUUGACUAUGAAUACGAACUAUUCGGACAUAUCUAUUCCGAUUUGAAAGAUCCUGUAUUUCAUUAA